UAACAUAUGUUUCCAGUCAAUCAGUUUGACUGAUUUUUUUCAUGCAACUACAAGAUAUGUUUGAGGAGAAUAAUUUAUAAUAUUUUGCUUUUUAUUCACAGAUCGCCAUGUUCUUUAACUUUUCACCUAAACGACAGACAUACCUUGAGGACUGUAGGGCAGCACAAGAAGGCUCAGAGAAUCAGCGAAUGAAAAUUAAGGAGUUAUAUCGAACACGUUGGGUAGAGAGGCACGAUGCACUAGAGAUCUUCAUUGAUUUCCUCCCAGCAAUGGUAGAAGCCAUGUCUCAGAUUAUGUCUGUUGAGACCAGAUCAACUACAUCCGCAGAUAUAUCAGGAUUUCUGCUGGCGAUAACCUCAUUCCAGUUUAUCGUAGUAUUGGUUGUUGUGACACGGUGUCUCAGUUACAUCAAACCUCUAACAGUUUCCUUACAAGGCAGGGCAGUUGAUGUUGUCAAAGCUAUGGCCGAGGUCAAUGUUGUCACUGAGACUCUCCAGGGCGUCCGCACUAACAUCAGUGACAAUCAACAGAGAUGGUACCAAGAGGCAGUGUUGAUAGCCGACAAUUUAGGGACUGUACCUGCUAAACCUAGAACAUGUGGACGACAAACUAUGAAAGGAAAUGCAGAGGCCUCUACCCAAGAGGAUUAUUACAGGAUGAACUUGACUAUUGGAUUUCUUGACACUCUGCUAUUGCAGAUGAAUGAACGUUUUGGUGAGCUACAGAGGAAGGCUGCUAUGGGACUAGCUUUGAUUCCUUCCUAUAUGUGUGAAAAUCCCCAGACUCUUGAUGCCACUAACCUAGAAUGGUUUUCAGAAGAUUUACCGUCACCUCAGUCCCUUGACUCUGAACUACACCUAUGGCAAAAAAAAUAAAUAGAAAGACAUUCAAUCCCCACCAG